CAUCUCGCAAGUGAUUCAUUGUUUGCACGGACCGAAUCGGCAGUUCCACUCCCGUCCUGCACGCUCGCUGCAGAGCGCAACUGAACUGAGAAAUGAACAAAUCAGUUCUGGAAGUGAUUUAGUUCAGUACGUUCACUCAACAGAUUUGUUCUUUUGAACGAUUCGUUCACGAACGACCCAACACUAACUCGAGAGGGAGCAACACAUCACAACAGACAACUGAAGUCUCACGUCUUACUCCAGUAACUGCUGAUUAAAUCUGACACACCCAGAAAGACUGUUUAGUUGUUUAUUUUCCCCUCUCAGACUCAGACAGACAGUCUUUGAGGAGCCGAGGGUCUUUUGUCAGAAUGCAGCUCUUCCUCAUCCUCCUCUCCCUCCUGUCCUCCCACAUUACCAAAGUUACAGGGUGGGCUGGCUGCACCAGGGACAGGGACAGGGACUACCGGACGAGGGAGAACUGCACAGCGCUCGGCUUCAGCAACGUCCCAGCGGGAUUUGACCCCACGACCAAGGUUAUGUUGUUUACCAACAACCUGUUCUCCAGUCUGUCCUGGUCCUCCUUCCAGAUCUUCACAGCCAUCUAUGAGAUCGACCUUUCAGGCAACAAGAUUCCACAGGUGACCUCCAGUGUUACUCCGAUCUUGCCCACCCUCAGUGUUCUCCGGCUGGGUUCAAACCGCCUGACGUCCCUCUCUGACGGCUCCUUCACCGCCUGUCCUGCUCUAACUGAGCUCUACCUGGACAACAAUGUGUUGGACUCUCUGAGUGACCACACCUUCUCUGGACUCAGCAAGCUGGAGAUCCUGGACUUGUCAUCCAAUCGUAUCAAGGUGCUUCCCAAGCUCAUGCUCCACCCACUCCCUGCCAUAGAGACCCUCUCCCUGGAGAGCAACAAGAUCAUGGUGAUGCCAGAUGAUUGGUUCAGCAAGAAGGAGGAAGUGCCGUACCUCUUCCUCUCAGCCAAUCCCUGGGCCUGCUCCUGUCCCCUUGGUUAUUUGCGCAGAUACCUAGACAACUAUGAAUUCAACGUCUACACCCGAGAAGGCCCAAUCAUCCAGAGCGACCCAGAGAGUUUGGUGUGUGACUCUCCACAGUGGCUUAAGGAUAAACCUGUAGUGACACUGGAGGAAUCUGACCUGUGUUCACCUGCGCCUGAACCAAAUCCAGCCGGAGACAGUGACAAGCAAACUGUCCAUACAGAUACUGUCGCUCCUGCUGUUCCAGAUACUACACCUCUUAUUCCUACGACGUUUCCUCCUGUUCCAGCUACUACCUCCUCUUUUCCUACUACUGUUCCUACGUCUACUGCUGCUGUGCCGUUGAACGGGUCCCAUACCUUGGCUCCUCAUCCUACUGUCAGACCCUCAACUGAAAUGACUGGUACAAUUUGUGCCAUCAGAUGUGGGGGGGUGUUUUGUUUUUGGCUUUGCGCAGGGUGCCUGCUGCUGUGCGUGGCAUCUGUGGCAUUCAUAUUGGUAAUUCUUGUGUGGCUGGUCGGCUGGUGCAAGAGGGAUUACAAUCUCCCAAAUGAGGCAGUGGCAAGGAGGGGAGGUGGUGGCAAGGUUGUGAUGCUGUCAACAUACAGCAGGAGGGAAGAGAAGGAGGGGCAUGAGGAGGAGUGAUGGCGCUGUUUCGCUCUGUGCUGUUUGCCCACAGAGAGAGAGGAGAAGCUAUGGCACCCUUACAGCUUCAAAGUGGUACAUCUUGU